UGCUACUCCACCAGACCUACCCCUGAUCGUGCUCAUGGACGUCGACGACUGCUCCUCCUCCUCUUCUUCUUUUUCCUCCUCCUCCUCCUCCUCCUCCUCCUCCUCCAUUCGGCUGCCUUUCACGCCUUCGCCGAAGCGAAAGUCCGGGCGGAAGAAGUUCCGGGAGACGCGCCACCCGGUGUACCACGGCGUGCGGUCGCGCGGAGGCGGCCGGAAGUGGGUGUCGGAGGCGCGGGAGCCGGGGAAGAAGAGACGAAUCUGGCUCGGCACCUUCCCCAGGCCGGAAAUGGCCGCCCGGGCCCACGACGUCGCCGCCAUUGCCCUCCGCGGCGCCGCCUCCGCCCACCUCAACUUCCCCGAUUCCGCCGAGGCGCUGCCCCGGGCGCGCUCCGCCGCCCCCGAGGACGUCCGCCGCGCAGCCGUCGAGGCUGCCAACAUGAUGGUCGACCGCGCUCCGGCAUCGUUGCCGGGAGCGACGUGGACAGCGGCUCGGCCGGAGGUGUUCGUGGACGAAGAGGCGGUGUUCAAUCUCCCGGGGUUGAUGGAGGACAUGGCCAGGGGGCUUCUGGUGACGCCGCCGGCAAUGCACAGGGCGAUUGAUUGGGAGACUCUCGAACCGGAGGAGGACGGUUACAUGGCCGGCGACGGCAUCUCCCUUUGGACCGUUGAUUAGUUAAAUUGUUGAGUUGGAAGUAUGGAUGAGUAAAUGAUAAAGAAGAAUUAAACGAAAAAGAUAAUCCUUAAUUUUUUGUUUAGAUGAAGAAAAAAACUAAAACAACACCAUCUUUGUAGAUCUCAUUAAAGUCCUAAAGCAUGAAUUGCAACAUGCAAGAGUUAAAAUGUUUUUUUUCCUAUUUACUUAUUUAACAAUCGAACCUGACUU